AUGGCACUCCUCGCGCUCCGCCUCGGCCACGGCAGCAUCCUCCCCGCCCCGCCGCUCCGCCCCCAGCGCCAGCGCCAGCACCUCGUCGUCUCCUGCAGCGCCGUGAGCGACGGGGGCGCGGCGGUGGUGUGGUUCAAGCAUGACCUCCGCCUCGACGACCACCCGGGCCUCGUCGCUGCCUGCGCCGAGCCCAGCCGCCCCGUCGUGCCCCUCUACGUCUUCGACAGCCGCAUCCUCGCCGGUUACUCAGACACAAGGCUGGAACUUCUACUUUUUGCUUUGAAAGACCUUAAGUUGGCAUUGAAGUCUCAACGGUCUGAUCUGCUCAUAGGCUUGGGAAAUGCUGAAGAUGCUGUUCUGAAACUCGCAAACGAGGUACAAGCGGGUGUCAUUUAUACAGAAGAGGAAGUUGAACACAGUGUGUGCAGUGUUUUAGCCAAUGUUGAAUCUUCUUUGUCUAAUGGAUCGUUCACACGGGGAAACCCUCCUGAGAUAAAGUUCUGGACUGCCCCAUUGUAUGAUUAUAAGAGUUUGCGGCAACUGUCAACAUCACGCAACCAAUUUUUGAAUGAGAAAUUCUCGACAACUACAGCUCUCCCUGCCCCCACUCUUCCUACUCUAAAUGUGGAGUUAGACACAGGUUCUCUACCCACACUUGAAGAACUAAAGGUAUUCCUGAAAGAGAGCAGAAUGGCACAAGAUAAUUGGGUUCCUAUCAAGAGCACGUCAGCAAGAUCUAUGCUAAAAGCCGCCCUCAUUCAGAGGAAGAUUAAAAGUAAUGUUUCCUUAAGUGACGGCGAUGGAGGAAACAUAGAAGAUAUCACCACAAGUGCUGGUGCAUCAGGGAGGAAAAUAGCUGGUUCAAUGUUUGCAUCGGAAAGUUCACUUGAAGUUAGAGGUGGAACGGAUAUUACUCUGGAUGCUUUAGAAGCUUACCUGAAAUACCUAGAAGGCACAGGAAAGGCUAGUUGGCAAGAGUUGCAUGAUAAGGUGCGCUUUGCUGAAACCAGGGAUGGUGCUUCGUUUCACACGUUAUUUGGUAAUGCAAUUCAGCUUGGAGUCAUAUCUAGGAGGAGAGCUUACCAAGAAACUAUUCAAUAUGAGAGAGAUCGCAAUGCUGGCUUUCUAUCACCGUUUGGAUACUCAACCCCUACAGUGACAUCAGCAGUAGAUGCUAUCUGUUCAUUGGAGUGGUACUGGCUCUUGGCAUUGAAAUCCCAAGUAUCCAUUGAGGAAAAUUAUCCUUUAAAGUUUUGGAGAUGGAAGGGUUAUCUUAUACAGUAUACAUCUGUUGGCCAUGAAGGUCCUGCAGUUCUUCUCGUGCAUGGCUUUGGAGCUUCCUUGCAGCACUUUCGUGAUAAUAUCAGCAACAUUGCUGAUGAAGGACACCGAGUUUGGGCAAUUACCCUUCUUGGCUUUGGGAAAUCAGAGAAACCAAAUGUUGACUAUUCAGAACUUCUGUGGUCAGAAUUACUGAGGGACUUCAUUGUUGAUGUUGUGAGGGAGCCUGUUCAUCUUGUAGGCAACUCUAUUGGAGGUUAUAUCUGCGCUAUUGCUGCUGGCUUAUGGCCUUCCCUUGCAAAUUCUCUUGUUCUUCUGAACUCAGCUGGUUCAGUUGUUCCAAAUUACUCCUUCAUCCCACUGAGUAAAAUGCAAUGUUUGUUUCUUAUUUUUGGUAUGGAAGCAUUCACAACUCUGAUGGCUAAUAUAUUUCAGGAAGGACGGACCUCAUGGCUUUCAAGGUUGCAGGCACGCCUCCUUUUGCUCUUUUUGAGGUCAAGGGCAGGAGGCAUUCUCAAGGGAUACUAUCCUACUAGAACUGAACGGGUUGACAAGCCACUCGUGGAUGAGAUUAUAAGAGCUUCAUAUGACCCUGGUGCAACAACAGUUAUCGAGAGCGUAUUCAACUUCAAUCUUUCAAUUCCUCUUAAUUUUCUAUUCGAUUCUUUUGGAGGGAACAUCUUAGUUAUUCAGGGAAUAAAAGAUCCGCUUAUAAAAUCCGAGUCAUUCGUUUCCAUGCUUAGAGAGCAUUGCAGCAAGGUCCAAAUUAGGGAGUUAAAUGCAGGUCAUGCUCCGCAUGAUGAAGUUCCUGAUGAAGUGAACUCCUUACUGUCUGAAUGGAUGAAAACGAACAAGACUGAACUUAAGCCAGCUUUGGAGAAGUCCAAGGCAAUUUAG